AACCGGGGGGGACCGGGGGGCACCGGGGGGGACCGGGGGGCACCGGGGGGCUCCAGCCGCCCCCGGCACGUCCCGCAGCGGGUCGGGGCCACUCCGAGGCGGCUCCCGGGGCGGCUCCCGGUUUCGUUCCCGUUCCCGAGGCCGUUCCCGGUUCUGGGCUCCGGUGCGGCCGCCAUGGGCCGCCGCAAGUCGAAGCGGAAGCCGCCGCCCAAGAAGAAGAUGACGGGGACGCUGGAGACGCAGUUCACGUGUCCCUUCUGCAACCACGAGAAGUCCUGCGACGUCAAGAUGGACCGCGCCCGGAACACCGGGGUGAUCUCGUGCACCGUGUGCCUGGAGGAGUUCCAGACCCCCAUCACCUACCUGUCGGAGCCCGUGGACGUUUACAGCGACUGGAUCGACGCCUGCGAAGCCGCCAACCAGUGACACCGGGGGGGGGGGGGGGGGGAGACCCCCGGAGCCGCCGGUGACACCCCCGGAGCCGGUGCGGGGGGUGACAUUCCCCCUCCCCCCGGCACCUGAGACUUGUCCUUGUCCCCGCGGGGACAUCGGGGUGGGGGUGACGCGUUUGGGGACAGCUGCCCUGGAAUAAACGCCCCGCGUGGUGGCCCUUGUC